GUCGAGCGCUUAUACAUGUUUGAGUAUCAAGAUGGACGCUCAGUAGGUUGACUUUUUGAACACAACAAGAGCUGCAAGCCAUGCCGGUCGUCGCCUCCAACUCGACCCACACUCAUCAGAAUGGAGAGCGAAGCCAGUGAAGUGAGAACGAAAAACUUUGUAAAUGGGGAUGCGUACAGCGGCAGCUGGUCGCUGAGCGGACAGCCGGAUGGUGAGGGCCGAUACACAUGGCGUGACGGCAGUUGCUAUGAGGGCUCGUGGAAGGAGGGGCUGCGGCACGGUGCCGGCAAGUACACCUGGAGCAGCGGCGCCACGUACCUGGGCGAGUGGCGGGAUGGCCACAUGUGCGGUGUGGGCACGUGGGAGGCGGGCGAUGGGCGGUCGCGGUACACGGGCGGUUGGCAGCGGGACGUGCGGCACGGACUGGGCCGGCAGGUGUACGGCAAUGGUGACGUGUACGAGGGGCUGUGGAAGCUAGGCCACCCGUACGGGCCUGGACGCUACGUGUACAGCGGCGGUGGCGGCGGUGUGGGACAGGGGGCGGGCUUGCUCGGCGGCGGGGGCGGGGGCGGUGGCGGCGGUGCGGGCGCCUGGGGAGAUCCAGCGGCGGCUGGUCUGGCUGCGGAGGGAGCCGAGUACGACGGCGAGUGGCGGGCCGGGCGCAUGGCGGGUCAGGGCACAUUCGUGUGGCGCAGUGGGGAGCGCUACGACGGCGAGUGGAAGGACGGGCGCAUGCACGGUGUGGGGCUGUUCACGGCGGCGGACGGCUCCACACACGAGGGCAUGUGGCGGCGCGGCCGCAAGCACGGCGUCGGCAUCUACCGCCCCGGCGGUGGCGGUGGCGGUGGCGGUGGUGGAGGUGGUGGGCGGCGCGCUAGUCUGGGCUCCAAGUCCAUGGGGCUGCCGGGGGCGGGGGCGGACAGUGGCCCCGCCUCGCCGCGCAGCUCCUUCCAAAUGUCGGCGGCCGCACGCGGCUGGCUGGCCGGCGGCGGAGCUGGCGGGGGAGAGGGCGGGAGCAGCGGCCGUGGCCCCGGCUCGCAGGGCCUGGAGGCAACAGCAAGCAUUGACGGCAGCUUUGCGGCGACAGGCGAAGUUCCCAUUCGCUUUCCCUCGCUGCCGACAUCACCGGGACCCUCGCUGCCGGGCAGUCCGCGUGUGGGGUCAGUCAGCGGUGGCGGCGGUGUGGCGGCCUGGGCGGCCUGGGGCGCCUCCAGCCCCACCGCCUCUCCCGCAUCGCGCACCGACUCGCCGCGGCGGCCCCCGGGCGCAGCCGACACAGGCGGCGGCGGCGGCGGUUAUGGCAGUGGCGGUGCUGACGGCGGGGCUUCCAGCGGUGCCAGCCAGCAGCACACCUCAUCCCGCUCGCCCACUGGCAGCGGCUUACAGCCCUAUGUGGCAGCUGCCAGUGCCGCCACCGCGGGAAGCACCGGCGCCGGUGGAGAGCCGGACGGCGGGCAGGCGGGUCGCACCUGCGCGGCGCUGCUGCCCUUCCAGCAGCCGCUCAACCCGCCAGACCCCGCCGCGCCGGCGCCACGGCCAGGCCUCCCUGCAGGCGGCGCGGGCGCUCCGGGCGCCUCUGCCGCUGGGCGUAAGCCGCCCUCCACGUCCACGUCCGCCACCCCCACCUCUGCAGCGACCGCCAUGCAGUCGACCCCUCAUCAGGGGUCGGGGCCGCAGCGGCACCCCCCGGCGCACCUGGUGUGGGUGCGCGGCUACGACCGGGGCGUGCCGCUGCGGGAGACCGGGGUGGCGGCGGAAGACGUGGAGGGCCUCAUGCCGACAGGAGGGGCGGCAGGACUGGGGGCAGGCGCCGGCGGGGGAGGCGGCGCGGGGCGCGGUGGCGGCAGGGAGCACGGCGGCCUGCUGCGGCGGCUGCGCGGUGCGGCGGCUGCAGCGGCUGCGGGCAUGGGCGGCUCCCGGCCGCGCCUGGGUGUGGCUGUGACUCGGGCGCACGCCUCGUACGCGCUCAUGGUGGCCCUGCAGUUGGGCAUACGAUACAGUGUGGGCCGCAUCAGUCAUGCGCCACUGCCGCGCACCGCCAGUCGGGACGAGUACAGCCUUAAGGUUCAUCAGGACUUCCCCCGCGGCGGCAGUGAGAUGACGCCGGUGCACCCGGCGGAGGACUUCCAGUGGACGGACUUCGCGCCGCUCACGUUCAGGAGGCUGCGCGAGCUGUUCGGUCUGGACGCCUCCUCCUACAUGCUGUCGCUGUGCUGCGACCACUCGCUCCGCCACCUGGCCAGUCCGGGAAAGAGCGGCAGCGUGUUCUUCCUAAGCCAGGAUGAGCGGUUCUUCCUCAAGACCAUGUCCCGCGCCGAGCUGUCGGUGCUGCUGGCGCUGCUGCCCGCCUACCACCGCCACGUGGAGCGCCACCCGCACACCCUGCUCAGCCGCUUCCUGGGGCUGCACGCAGUCACCACCGCGGGAGGAAAAACGUACCGCUUUGUGGUCAUGUCCAACCUGUUCCGCACGCCGCUGCCGCUGCACCGCAAGUACGACCUCAAGGGAUCCACACUGGGCCGCACUGCAGGGCCGCGGGCCGCAGCCGCCGUGGCGGCAGCGGCCGCCGCCACCCCCUCCUCCCCUCUGCCCGGCACCGGCCCCGGGGCGCCCGACCCGCCUCCGCCUGCCUCCUCCGACCCCGGCCUGAUCCUGAAGGACUUGGACUUGGACCUCACCUUCCGCCUGGAGGAGGGCUGGCGCGAGCGCCUGCUGCUGCAGCUGAGGGCGGACUGCGGGCUGCUGGCGGCGGCAGCAGGGGUCUCGGGGGCAGCAGGGGCCUCGGGGGCAGCAGGGGCCUCGGUGGUGACUGGUGUGAUGGACUACUCGCUGCUGGUGGGGGUGCACUUCAGGCACAGGGACGCGGGGUCGGGUGGAGCAGCAGCCAACAGGGCCGGACAGGCGGCGGUGGGGGCGCAGCAACAGCAGCAGCAGCAGCAGCAGCUCGGGACAGGGGCCGGAGCGGGGGCCGGGCAGGCGGCGGCCCAGGGCCAGGGCGAGGCGGGGUCUGGUGCUGGUGCUGGUGCUUCCGCCGCCGCCGCCGCCGCCGCCCCGCGCAACGCGCUGCCGGAGCACAGCGACGCCACGGAGCUGGACUCAGAGUACCGGCGCCUGCAGGAGCGCAUCUGCCGGCUGCGGCUGCGCCCCGAGGCCACUGCCGACCUCAUGGAGCUGGCCAGGCUCAGGAUGCUGGCGCCGCGGGGUCGUGGGCGGGACAACGCCGCCGCACUGAUGCUGGGCGCACGGGACGAGGCGGCUCGCGGCCGGGCCGGCUCCGCCUCGUCUGCAGGUGGUGGCGGCGGUGGUCGGCGCGGCUCCGCCUCCUCGUCCACCUCUGCGGGGCCCGGCGGCGGUGGCGGUGUGUCGGGCCUGGCAGCGCUGUCCGCCAAUGACGAGCUGGCGCUCAGUCUGGGCCAGAGCCGUGUGCAGCUGGGCCUCAACAUGGCCGCAACAGCAGUGCACAAGGACGGCCGGGAGGAGGAGGCGGUGUUAUGGUUCGGCAUCAUCGACUUCCUGCAGCCCUACAACACCUCCAAGCGGCUGGAGCAUGGGUUGAAGUCUGUCAUCCACUCGGCUGCGUCCAUCUCCGUAUCGCACCCGGUAUCUUACGCCAACCGCUUCCAGAACUUCAUGCAGCGCGUGUUUGUGCCCUAAGCGACAUGAGCUAAAGCUGAGUCAGUGAGGCGCUGUGCGGUGGUGUAAGACUUGUGCAGGACGAAGGCUGGGCGGCUCGCUGGGCUGGCUCGCCCUGGUCGUGGCAGGUCGUGGCAGCCCAAUGGCCGUGGCAGUUAGGAUUUGCAGAUCGCGAGGCUUGACAGUUCAUCGGUGGAAGGGUUUCGCUAUGUAAAGCAUUUGAUAC